AUGACUCCAACGCGUGGCCGCGGGCCCGGCCAACGAAGUCCCCAUGUGCUGGUAACCGACUCGCGCGAUCAAUUUCCCUCCUCCCAACCCCGUCGUCGUCGUUCCCCAUCCACCCGCUUCAUCACCGUCGAUAACGUCCUGCAAUAUACCUCCGACGUGCCCUCCAUGCAACAACGCCACCCCCCUCCCGCUGCACGAACCCGCCCACGCUCCCGUCUUGCUUCUGCGACGGGUGGCUUGAUCGGGGUGGGCGGAGCAGGCGGUUCCAGCAGCGGAAGCAAUGCGACCAGUGCCGCCGCCACGAUGAGAGGUCUGGCCGCACAGCCGCGUCUCCCCCCGCGCACGACCAAAGUGAGCGAGAAGCUCGUCCUACUGCCGGAGGCUGAAGGCGUCGACGGAGAGUCCCCCGAAGAAGACGAAGGAGAUGAGGUCGUUGAUGAGGAGCUGGUCCAGCGACUCGCCAAGGAUCGGAACAUGGAUCCGGAUUCCGUGCGACAGCGAUUGUGGACGCAGAAGAAGCUGGGCGCCGACUUUGGGAUCGAUAAUGAACUUGAGCCGCUGCUGGCGGAUGAGGAACUCCACCGGCGCCGGAAGAUCCCCCCGGAGAAAGCGAAGAGCUAUGCAGAGCGUCUGCCCAAGGCCCGUCGCGCGGAGAAACUCGCCCGGGUGACGGCGUACUGUACCGCGCAGGCGUAUAAGAUGAGCUCCCUGGCGUCUUUUGUCAAGGAUAGUCAUGGGGGUAGGACCAAACUCUACGAUGACUGUCUGUACACGGCGUACCAUCUCCCGUUGCUUCCGGGACACGGAGGCUACCGGGUGAGGAGCAGUCCGGUGGUCAAGAAACCGGGUGGAAAGUCGCUGUUGGAUGAGGAAAUUGAGCGGAACGAACUGCGGGAUCACCAUGAAGAUUACAUGGAACCGGAGGAGCACUCUGUCGGACGCCGUGGGGAGCAUGGGUCGCCGCAAGACCGGGUCGAUGGACACGAUCAGCAUGGGCAGUACCAUCAUGUGGAAGAGGGCCAUCGAGAUACAUCCGAAACGAGGGGUCACAGUAGCGAUGGGACGAACCAUUCCGCCCAGGAAAGGCGUAUCGCUGCUCCGUCCGUCCCGUCCCGCCUGCCUUACGAUGUCGCGGAGAUGUUUGUGUUUACGUAUGGGGUUGUUGUCUUCUGGAAUCUGACCGAGAAACAAGAGAAAGAUAUUCUCGCAGACCUGGCGUUUGCAGCAUCAUCGGCAACUGGUACGCCCAUUCCGCUAGCUACUAUGCCGCUGCAGGAGGAGGACUUUGAGAUGGAAGAAUUCCACUUUGAGUACUCAACAGAGAUCCCUCGCCCCCGUGUGUACAAUGACAUGAUCACGCUGCGCAGCGGCGACCACAUGAUCAAACUGGCUAUCAGUCACGGCAUCGCGCAGAGCACGAAGCUCUGCUUCUUCGAGGAGGUGAUGGCGAAACAGAUGGCCGACGCGAAGGAUGUGCCUCGGCGGUUAGCCAUGACCGGACAGCUGGGCAUGAAGCGGGAGGAAGUGUUUCGGAUUCUCGGACGACUGUUCAAAAGCCGAGUAGAGGUCAACUUGUCGUCGAACAUGUUGGACGUCCCGAAUUUCUUCUGGGAAAGCGAGCCGAGUCUGUAUCCGCUGUACAUUGCGGUGCGCGAGUACCUCGAAAUCAAACCGCGCAUUCAGGUGCUGAACGAGCGGUGUCGCGUCUUUCUUGAUCUGGCCGAGAUUCUGUCCGACUCGAUAGCGGACAACCAGACAUCCCGUAAGUAA